AUGACUUUCGAUGCGUUCUCUGCCCAAGAGGUAAUAGAAGCGGUGGCGGCAGCUGGAGUUCAAAAGGGAAAUAUGCGUUUAGAUAAAGUCUUUUUCAGCUCAGUCUCCGCUGGCUGUCUGCUUGCCUUUGCAUGCGGGACUGUUCUGAGCACCAAUGCAUCCCCUUGGUUCCAGGAAAAUGCCGCUGGACUGAUUCGCACAAUUAGCGCGUUGGUAUUCCCGUAUGGACUGUGCAUGAUUAUCUUAACGGGCGCCGAUCUCUGUACCGGCUCCUUUAUGUUUACAACUGUUGCAGUUCUGCAACGCCGACUGUCCUGGUCGAAGAUGUUAAUCCAUUGGGUUAUCACCUUUUUAGGAAACUUGACUGGGUCUUUGUUUCUGGUUACGAUCAUCUUUGGCUAUGGUGAUGUUUUUGCGGCUGAUCCAUUCAAGUCUGCAGUAAUCACAUUUGCUACCAAGAAACAAUUGACCCCUGAUUUUCGCAUGAUAUUCUUGCGUGGAAUUGGAUGCAACUGGCUCGUUUGCCUGGCUUGCUUCUUCGGUCUCCAGGGACGAGAUCUCGCAUCCAAGAUCAUUGGAAUCUGGUUGCCUAUCUUUGCCUUCGUCUCUCUUGGGUUCGAUCACGUCGUCGCCAACAUGACAUUCAUCCCCCUGGGUAUAUGGGUGGGGACGCCUGACAUUACAGUGGGCCUAUAUGUAUGGAAGGGAAUCAUUCCCACCUUGAUCGGGAACAUUCUAGGGGGCGCCCUGUUUUGUGGAACCUACUAUUGGUAUAUGUAUCUGCUUGAUCUCAACUCUCUCCCUAUCAGCUCCAUCGGAGGUCUGAAGCGCAAUGCGGGAUCAUCCACGACAGUAUCGGCAAAAGAGGGUGACAUUGAGGCAGCUUUGGCAGACUCGAGUCGCGCGCCUACCGCGCGCUUGAGUGGUUGA